AUGACCUUUGACUUCAACACCGCUGGCGCCGAGGCCCUCUUGCUGGAACUCGGAUACGACCCGCGGGAAACGUAUCCCUUCUCGACGACGGCUGCUGCGACUACUGGUGCUAUCCCAACCACAACAUCGACCGCGAUGCCGCAAUCCAAUCGUCAGAGCCCGCCCGUCACCUGGCCCAUGGGUUUCGAUAUGUCGGGAAUGGGAGCCGUCACCACGGCCCAGUCUCCCAAUGCCGCCUCUGUGACGGCCUCCUCGGACGACUCCCAGGCACCGUCUCCUAGCCAUCACAGUGCGGGACUUCACAGCUCGGCCGCCUCGAGCCCUCACCAACAGCAGUUGUCUCCCUUCCAAGCAGUGUCCCAACCACAUGCCGCCUCAUUACUUGCCGACUGGACCCUACAACAGCAGCAGCAGCAGCAACAACAACAGCAACAGCAUAACCCGUCUGCUCAAGAGCUGCAGUUCCUUCACGACUCGGCGUUGGUGCCCUUCACAUUUGCUGGUCUCCAGCCUUCACCGCUAGAUUACCUCCCAACCACUACGGCGGCCCUCGAGACGGGUCUGCAAAUGGAGCCGACGUUCAACACCAUGGCCCCAGUGGACGACAGCGCUCAGGCUAUGCAUUGGAAUAUGGGCAUGCCGAAUUGGCUUGAUGCCGCCGCAAUGACUUUCCCAACUGAUGGGCUACCCCGCCUCGGCAGUCUCGGCAGCAACUCGCCAACGGGGACCUACUUGGAAGUGCAGUCGCUCGGCUCUGGCAGUGAGAGCGGAUGGAAUCUUGUGGACGUAAACUACGACGCAUACCAACAUGCCCACAAUGCCGCAAUUUUCAACCCCUCGCAGACCCUGCACCUACGAAGCCACUCUGACGCAUCUCACUCUGAUGGGUGCAAUUCGCUUGACAUUGGAAGCUUCGAGGAAGUGACCUUCCCCUACUCGCCAUUCUCUCCCGAGUCAGACACCUGCGCAGACUCUUCAAAUCCCCACGGUCACCGCCACUGCUUUGGAGAAAACCACAGCCACCCGCAUACCACCAUGGAUACUGUGAGCCCCACGGCUGCAGUUGCUCCUGUGCCAAUCAAGGCGGCUGCCGCCACCGCCUCCUCAAGCCGAGUCACGCCGGCAAGCGGAUCUGGUAUCGGAACGAGCUCGUCAACCUCGCCGCCCGCCAGAAGGCUGUCUGGCCCGCGCAAGAGCCCUAUUUCAAAACCUCCCAAGGCUGUCACGCGCAGGACCUCGACGGGCAAGGAUUCCAAGGGUACUGGCGAGAAGAAGGUUGGCCGGCGUCGUGGCCCCCUCCUGCCGGAACAGCGAAAGCAGGCCAGUGAAAUCAGGAAGCUUCGUGCUUGCCUCCGCUGCAAAUUCCUCAAGAAGACGUGUGACAAGGGUGAGCCCUGUGCCGGAUGCCAGCCUUCGCACGCUCGUCUGUGGCAAGUCCCGUGUACUCGCAUCGAUAUCAAGGAUAUUGGCUAUUUCAUGAAGGACUGGAAGGCGGAUUAUGAGCGUCACAUGAGCCGCGGCGUCUCUGUCUAUAACGUCAAGGGCUUCGCUCAGAAGGAGACUCUCAUGUGGAUCACCCAUGGAUACGGCUUCUGCCUGCCUGUCAUGGUCCGGGAGGUGUACGUUUCGGACUCGAGCUGCUUCCAAGUCGACUGGGUCGAGUCGUUUCUGACUGACCAGGAGCCAAUCGACUUUGAGAUCCGCACCGAGGGUCUCGAUGUCGGCCACGAGGGCAUCAGCAUGAACGCUCUUUCCGAGUAUCUGGACAAGCAUAUUGAUGGCUUCUACGAGACAUUCAUCACUGAUCAUUUCGAGGGCACUCCUUUCAUCACGGAGAUUCUUACAACUGCCUACCGUUAUUACAUGAAGGAGAAGUCGCCUGUCAUCCGCAAGGCUCUGAAGCUGGUUCUCGCCUACAACCUCACGAUGCACAUCACCAUGGUUGAGCAGCAGGGCGACGAGUCUAUUGCAGAGGGUCAGAUCGACGAUGAAGACUCCAAGUAUUAUGGCAAGGUCGUGGCCCCCGUCAUGAUCAACUUCCAGAUCAAGUGUGCCCUGGCCGAUAUGUGGCGAGAGCUGCAGAAGGACAUUCUGGAGGAGCUGUCCGCUCUUUACUCGAGCGUAUACAGCGGUGACCGAUUGAAGAACUGGCCGACCAUUUUCAUGCUCGCCUCUAUUCUCUUGGUCGUGUGGGAGGAGAUGCAAUUCGAUUGCCACUACAGAGUCCCGGAUCCUGUUGCAGUCAACAAGUUCUGUUCUGACAUGGAGACGACGCCUGUCGGCGUCAUUGUCGGACUCUUCCACGCCAUCUCUCAGAAGCUCCCUGCUUUCACCGAGUGGGACACCAGGAGACAUGGCCAGCUCCUCAACAAUAACCCUGCAGUAUGUGAGGCUAUGACAGAGGUCAAGCAGCAUGUGCUCAAGCAUGAAGCAUACUUGAGGACCCGACCGGAGUCCAAGUUUGACCGUUACGACUUUGACUCUCUGUCAAAUAAGUUUCUGUCAAAGCUUGUCAUCCGUGCCAACUAA